AUCUCGAAAGUAACGGAAGCGAAAUCGCGAAGCAGCCCCCGGUCAGUCAGUCAGUCAGUAUAGUGGGCAAAGCAGUGUCUGUGUCAGUAGUGCAUUUUCCUCCCACCGCAUCCCAGUUUAGUGUGUAUUCCGAGGGAAACCCAGUUGCACAGAAUUGGACCAUUUGAUUGAGUGGCGCAGCAAGGAAUUUCACUUCGGUGGCUUGUGUAUGCAUCGGAAACCAUCUGUAGCCAGAAAGGAUAACAACACAAACCACCCGAUGGUGAAGCUUGGUGUCCUUGGUGAAGCUAAAGCAGUCUAGAAGAACGAAACGACGAAAAGUCUUCGUGAAGAGUGAUGAGAUUGAACGGAGAAGAAGAUGAUUAAUUUUUCGAACGAGUGGAAAUCCUGGAAAUAAUGGCCACCCAAAUGUGUGUCGAGUGGCAUUAAACGUGACGAAUUAAUUUUCGCCGAGGAAAAAUAUAAUCGAAUCAAUGUGUUUCAAGCCGUAAGAGUGCGCGAUUAGUGCGAAAGCCGAGCAUCAUUAGAAGAGAGUUUCGGUUGAGUGGCAAGUGUUUGGGGAGCUGCGGGGUGUUCUCGGAAAACAACGUGGUGAAAAUCUCCUGCAUCGACAGCAACUAACAGCAGUGCGGAGAGCAACGCACAUAACCAGUGAUUGGAACAUGUGUCGGACAUUGGCAUGAAAGUCCACUUUGGCAAGUUCAAACGCUGGUGAUCAAAGGUUCAUGAUUUAGGCCAACCGUCGUCGUACCGUCGUCGCAAACUGCAGUGCAGAAGGUACACUGCCCUUGGGGACCUUUUCCGAAACCAAAUCCAACCGGACGAGCGAACAUUCCACCGCUGCGAAAAACUGACGGUGCCCUAGCUGCAGAUCCAGGUGAAAUGAUAUUGACACGAAAAUACAUUCCACUGUGGGGUGGCCCUGCAGCAACAGUUGGGUUGCAUAUGUAGGAAAAGGCUCUCGUUGUUGUAAGUGCGAAGAGACGGUCUGGUCGCUCCAAUGAUGGAUCGAUUGUAUUAGCGCAGCGAGUAGUGUGGUUAUGCAUUGCGAACCUCCCCGGGCAGGGAGAACAACCACCCACAACCCCGUUCAACCACAACCGGGAUAGCGUUUCCUUGCCGAGGGUGACCGGGUUCAUACCUCGAAAGGUAUCGGAGCCAAAGUGUGAAAAGUGGCAGCCGGGUAGCGAGCUUCGGGCGUGGGAACUAUCGAACUUUAAAGCUUGUAAAACUGGAAUGAUCCGUGCGCUAGUAACUGCUUCCGGGAGUGCAUAUAAAAAUACCAUUCAGCGAGCUCGAUGGCCGCCCAGGCAACGCAAAACGGAAGUGAAAAUCAAUACCCGGUUAUACAACUCAAUCCGGGCGAAGUAAGCGAGUAAGUCGUAGGAAGUCAGUUGAAGUGAGUGAGUGUGGAAUGGCAAAUCUAGCAAAUAGUAGUGAUAAUUAAACGCGAAGAAGCCAUAGUCAGACGCCGCCCGGUGUCCAUUCGAUGCAGAGGGAAAGCCAUCUUCUUGGCCUUCUUGUCGUGUAAUUUGAUCCUGUAAAUCUCGUUGAGAUUAAAAUAAUCACCGUCGUCGUCGUCGUCGUCAUCGUCGUAGUUGUCGCCGUAAAAAUGUACGGAUUCGUGAACUACGCGUUGGAGUUGCUGGUGCUCAAAAACUUCGGUAUAGACAUAUGGGAACAAAUAAAGAAAAAGGCUCAGGUCAGCAUGGAGGGCCAAUUUCUGGUCCGCCAGAUCUACGAAGAUGACAUCACGUACAAUCUGAUAGAAGCUGCGGUGGAUAUUCUGAAUAUCCCUGCCGGUGACAUCCUGGAAUUGUUCGGCAAAACCUUUUUCGAGUUCUGCCAAGACUCGGGGUACGAUAAAAUCCUCCAGGUGCUCGGUGCAACGCCUCGAGAUUUUUUACAAAAUCUAGACGCGUUGCACGAUCACCUCGGAACACUAUACCCGGGAAUGCGUGCACCCUCGUUCCGGUGUACGGAAACAGAUGGCCAACUGGUGCUGCACUACUACUCCGAACGACCCGGACUGGAGCAUAUAGUGAUAGGAAUUGUCAAAGCCGUUGCAUCGAAACUGCACGGAGUAGACGUAGAGAUCAAGAUCAUCCGCCGGAAAGGUGACCCCAUAAGAAGUGCCCGCCUCGAACCCCGAAGAGAAGCUGAAGUCGCCUCCACCAGAGUUCCAAAACCAGUUCCUAUCAUCACAUCGGCGGACCCAGCAGUGCCAGAGCUGGCCAACCUAGGUCUAUGUAAACGAAUACUAUUGUCUAAAACGUACGGUGAAUCUUAUCUAUCGAAUAGACUGAAUAAUUUAGCAACCUCCAGAAGCUCGACAACGCUUGCAUACCGAACCGACCCUACGUCUUGCAAUGGCAAUAAACAUAGCUUAAGUAGUAGUCAAAACGGAAGCAAUAGUAGACUGUACUAUGAUGAUAGCCAAACGACCACUAGUAGUAACGGAACCAAUAAUUGUGAUAGCAAUCAUCCCUCGACGGCAAAGUCGACGACUUCGGGAAAGGCUUGCCACGCUGUGGAGCGAUCAGACCACUUCCAGUUUCUGAUCACGGAAAUCUCCGCGCCCAAGACCCCAACGCGAAGGAGUGAGGACAAGGAACCACAAACCGACUACCAGUUGGUCGCAAAAGAACCAAUGAUCUCGCCGACGACCUUUUGUAAAGUAUUUCCCUUUCACCUAAUGUUCAACCGGGAUAUGAUUGUCGUACAAGCGGGUAAAUCCGUCUCCCGAGUAAUACCCAAAAUCUCCGAACAAAACUGCCGCCUGUUGACGAUCUUCGAAGCGAUUCGGCCCCACCUGGAACUCAGCUUCGUGAAUAUCCUGGCCCACAUCAACACAAUCUAUGUGCUCAAGACCAAGGCGGGCGUAAUGUCGAUCAGCGAGAGAUACCUAAGACUGAAGGGUCAAAUGAUGUAUAUCCCCGAGUCGGACCUUAUCCUGUUCCAGUGCUACCCCAGCGUGAUGAACCUGAACGAUCUUACCAAGAAAGGCCUUCACAUCUCGGACAUCCCGCUGCACGACGCGUCCCGCGAUCUGGUCCUGCUGUCCGAGCAGUUCGAAGCCGAGUACAAACUGACCACGAACCUGGAGAUCCUGACCGAUCGGCUGCAGCAAACCUAUCGGGAUCUGGAAAGCGAAAAGCAGAAAACCGAUCGGCUGCUGUACUCGGUCCUACCGAAAACUGUGGCCAACGAGUUGCGGCAUCAACGGCCGGUGGCGCCCAAGCGGUACGACUCGGUCACCCUGAUGUUCUCCGGUAUCGUGGGAUUCGGGCAGUACUGUUCGGCCAACACGGAUGCCGAGGGCGCGAUGAAGAUCGUCAAGAUGCUCAACGAGCUGUACACGGUGUUCGACGAGCUGACGGAUUCGAAGAGCAACUCGAACAUCUACAAGGUAGAAACGGUCGGCGACAAGUACAUGGCCGUGUCAGGACUGCCGGACGAGUGCGAGAACCAUGCCAAGUGUAUAGCGCGACUGGCGCUGGACAUGAUGGACAUGGCGCGGAACGUCAAAAUGGGGUCGGAGUCAGUGCAAAUCACAAUUGGCAUACAUUCGGGCGAAGUGGUCACCGGAGUGAUCGGCAACCGAAUGCCCCGCUACUGCCUGUUCGGCAACACGGUCAACCUGACUAGUCGAACGGAAACGACAGGAGUCCACGGGAAGAUCAACAUCAGUGAAACGACAUACAAACUCCUGUGCGAACCAGUCAACCAGGAUCCCUCAUUCCAUCUCGAGUAUCGUGGACCCGUGGUAAUGAAAGGUAAACCAGAACCGAUGGAAUGCUGGUUCCUCACUCGGAAGGUAACCAACAGCAGCAACGGACAGCCACCUCCUGGAAAUUCCACUCCAAAAAGUGUAAAAACAUAAAAAAAACUUAAUCAACAACUUUCCACAAAGUAUGUGAGAAUAAUACUCAAGAAUUCAACAAAAAUGUAGAGAAACUAACUAAACUAACAAAGUGAAACAGUGAGAUUCAACUAAGAUUCUAUAUUAACAUGACAAUUUUCAAAAGAAAUCAACAGUUGUAGUGAGAACUCAGUAGAUUUCUAUCGAACAGUAGGACCGAAUAUUAGAAGAACAAAACUAAAAGAAGAGAGCAUAAUAUUUAUUACACUAGCUCUUGAAGGUUGAAAGGCUUGAAGGCCAAACAAAUAUGUCGAAACCUGAUUGCUUUGCAAACUAAUAAAACCAAAACUGCAACUAGCAAUUGUCAUUUUCUCCUUCAAUAAUGUAAAGAAAAAUAAUCGUAGCGAAACAGAGACAAUGUCCAAACUCUUGUAGAUUCUUCAAUCUGAACAUUGAAAACCUGAUCAAAGCUAUUUCUAAAUGAAUAAAAUGUAGUGUGAAUAAAACAAUUGUUACAGGAUAUUUUCAUUGAUUACUGUUAAGUGCAGCCAAAGUAGGUUUUGUAUUGUCUUUUUAUUUGAAUGAAUACUUUUGUAACGCGCGAUUCAGAUUUUUUAUUGAACCUAUUAACAGUAAUCCUAUUCCUAUGAGUAAAACAAAUCACCCAAGGUGUCGUUUAGAUGAGAUGAAUAAUUUUAUUGUAAUAUAAUAAGCACUGCUGAUGAAUUGAUAUCCUAAAACCUAAACUCAAAGAAUAAAAAGGGGCGAAACCCGUAUUUACGAAAACAAAUGAUAUGUCCAACAAAUAGGUAAAGCUCACACAAACAAACUCUAACUAAAAUAAUAAUCAAAAUAAAAAACAGAACAAUGAGUGGAUACAUAACAGAAACAGGUGGAUUUGAGCGGAUCAAACAUAACUCAAGCAAACAGGAAUACAUAUGAUGUGAACUAAUCGGA